CUUUGCCAAUGAUCUAAGGAAGCGGACCAAUCAGAGGUGCGUAUACAACAAGCAGCAUCUAAAAAACGGUCGCAGAGAACUCCAUGGGCAACAAGGCAUCGGCCCCGCAGGCGCAAUGUGUGGACCUGCGCGAAGCGAAACCCACGACCUCCAUCACUCAUGACACACAGCCAUCUACCUCUCCAUCCUCCUGCGACAGCAGCAGCAGGCAGAAGACGCCGACAAGUCUCCCGGAUCUUCUAUCCGACGACUCGUUCGACGUGGAAUUCACACAAGCAGCCAACGCCGCUUUAUUUGCAGACGACAAAGAACCCCCCGCAGCACAACCUUCUCUUAUGAUCAAUGACAACUACACGAACGACGUUUCUGGGCGACGACGACGAAUCGACGAGACGUACGAGUUGGAGCCAACACCGUUAGGAAGAGGCCAUUACGCGACCGUGUGGCGAGGCCGAUGCCGCGCCACCGACAUGGCCGUCGCGGUAAAGAAGAUCAAACGGGUGCUCACCGACGAUUCCCGACUCAAGUCGGAAGUCGCGGCACUGCGGCGCAUCCGUACCCAUCCCAACAUUGUGACACUAUUGGACGUAUAUGAAACCCCCAGCGAAGUGCUGUUGGUCAUGGAGCUAUGCACAGGAGGCGAACUGUUUGAACGGCUGGCGGCGAGAGGCCCGUACUCCGAGAUGGACUGCGUGCGCCAUGUCAAGAGUUUAGCAGAAGCCGUCGCGUAUUUGCAUGCAAAUGGCAUCGUACACCGAGAUCUCAAGCCUGAAAACAUCCUCCUGAGCACUCCGCAUGAUGCCGAUGCUGUGGUUAAGAUUGCCGAUUUUGGGCUCGCCAAGCUCAAUACCACGACCAUGAAGACCAAGUGUGGCACGUGGGGCUAUUCAGCCCCGGAAAUGAUUUCCGGGUCAGGUGUGUCGUUUGGAUACGAUGCCAAGGUUGAUUCGUGGAGCAUUGGCACCAUCUUGUACAUCUUGUACGUAUAUAUAUAUAUAUAUCAUUCUUUUUUCAAAACUCAAAAGUGAUGGAAUAUAUACAUAUGAGGACGCUAUGAUACUGUAGACUCUGUGGAUUUCACCCGUUUGACCCGCUGGGCAAUCGAUCCGACAACGACAUGAUUGCGCACAUUAAAACCAGUACCUUUGACUUUGACGAUCCGGUAUACAAAUACACUGUAUAUGACGUGGCAUUCCCCCAACCAAGAGAAUCUCGUACUGCUUUUUGUAGGCGUGGGUGGGGUUGUCUGCCAAGGCGAAAGACCUGAUUCGGCACUUGCUCGUGCUGGACCCUGCCGCGAGGUAUUCCAUGGCAGACCUAUUGGCCCAUCCUUGGAUCACGGGCCGCGAGGGUGUGGAUAUCCCCGUGCAGCCGUUGUCGCCCACAAUUCACACCGACCUGGCGCGGUUCCAACAGCAGUCCAAGCAUCGGAUGCUAUCCUACGAAGAAGACUAGCUAGAAUAUAAUAUAUCCGCCCACGGUGCCCACCAAGCUAAGGAUAUGAAUGACAAGCCGGCUCUUUCGAGUUGUUGUUUGUGCUUUUGAACGUUAUAUUACGUAAAUAAAGGGUCGAAAGAAUCAUUUUAAGUGUAAAAUAUAAUAUACUUCAAAGUACUAGAAUAAUACACUGGUAUUGUGGAUUCGGUACAGAUUUCCAGACCCCAUCAAAUCGAA